GUUGUUGAGUUGGUUGUUAUGGCUGGACGAGGCCUCCGAGUCAACUGAGCGAGGAUUCCCGCACCAUCCCGUCUCCGCCACGGGACACCCGCCACCCAUGGAGGGCACGGACAUGGACGUGGAUGCGGAGCUCAUGCAGAAGUUCAGCUGCAUGGGUACCACGGACAAGGACGUGCUCAUAUCGGAGUUCCAGAGGCUGCUGGGCUUCCAGCUGAACCCCGCCGGCUGCGCCUUCUUCCUGGACAUGACCAACUGGAACCUACAAGCUGCUAUUGGUGCAUAUUAUGACUUUGAAAGCCCCAGCGUCAACACACCAUCCAUGUCCUUUGUAGAAGAUGUUACAAUUGGGGAAGGAGAGUCGAUCCCUCCAGAUACGUUGUUCACAAAAACCUGGAGAAUACAAAACACAGGUGCAGAGUCAUGGCCACCGGGGGUUUGUCUUAAGUACAUCGGUGGGGAUCAGUUUGGGCAUGUAAAUGCGGUUUUGGUGAAGUCAUUAGAUCCGCAGGAAAUCUCAGAUGUGAGUGUGCAGAUGCGAAGUCCCACAAAUCCAGGCAUGUAUCAGGGUCAGUGGAGGAUGUGUACAGCCUCAGGAUUAUUCUACGGAGAUGUAAUCUGGGUGAUUCUCAGUGUAGAAGUCGGAGGCCUCCUCGGCGUCACACAGCAGCUUUCUUCCUUCGAGACAGAAUUCAACACGCAACCCCAGCGCAGUGUACAGGAAGACUUUAACCCCUUUGCUUCACCACAGAAGAAUAAGCAUGAUGCCACAGACAACGGCUUCCAAGACCCCGACGAAGCAUGGGAACCAUCACAAGAGCCGAUUCAGCGAGAUCAGAACGGACUGUCUCAUCAUGCUGUAAAUAGAGCCUCGAAUGGUCUCCAAACCAAUCUUUCCAUGGUGACUUAUGGCCAGGGUAUUCAUGGUCCUUAUCCAUUUGGACAGAGCUAGAAUGACAAAGACCCCCCUCCACACCCUGGGAAUCUUUAAAAGCAGAGAGUGGAGGGGGGAAGGAACAGUUUUGUAUUGACUCAUGGCAACUCUCCUCAACACCACCCCCCCAUCCCCCCGGGAGCUUUUCACAGAAACUGGAAUCGACAGUAAGGUGAUGGAUCACAUGUGCCACACUGGAACAUCCUGACACGGAGCUGCAUGUGUGAAUGAGUCAUUUUCAGAGUGCUAUAAACCUUUAAAGACAGAUACAUGUGACAUGUUCUUUUUCCACUGUACAAUGUCCUAAUUUAAGAGAAAAAUCAUCCUAAUCUGCACAUAAUUUGGUGUUUUUAUGAACAACACACCUUUUUUGGGGUUCCUACCCAACUCUGAAAUAUUUAGAAACGAGUCAUAUAGUAGUAUUUUUUUUAUUCCUUGAAUAGUUUUU